AUGACGCUCGGACACGCACUAUAUUAUUUACAUUCACAUUCCAUAUCUUCAUCAUCAUCAUCAUCAUCAUCAUCCACAUCAUCCACCUCGUCUUAUCCAGAUGCACGCGGCCCCAUAAGGAAGAACCGAAAGUUUCGGUCCACCAAAGGAGCGUCGAAAGCGCGGCGUGAUUUGAUCAACGCAGAAAUUCAGAAGCUGCGCGCGCUGCUGCCGAUCAGCGCCGAGGAGCGCGAGCGCCUCUCCUACCUGCACGCGAUGUCCGUCGUCUGCACGUUUAUCCGGAAAUCCGUACUGCUUGGGCGUAAUGGAGUUUGUGUUGGAGCUGGUCAUGAAGGUGUGACUCCUGUGUAUGAAGACCUGCUGGAUGCACUGCCUGGUUUUUUAGUUCUGAUGACGACAGAAGGAAAACUGCUGUACGUUUCUGAGAACGUCUCCCACUACCUUGGCCUUUCCAUGGUGGAGGUUCUGCAGGGGGACACAUUUUACAGCAUGAUCACUGACAAUGACACAGAAAAGGUUAAACUCUACCUUCAGGACCAGGCCCUGAACACAGAGAGGAGUUGUGUGUGUGUGUUCAGGACUAAUAGACGCUGCUGCCCCCUGCUAGUCAGGUUGCGUUUGUUUGACCCUCAGCGGGGCCUCGUCGUGGCACUGUGUUCACCUUCACAGAGAGAGAGAGACAGCUUUACCACCAAACACACACCAGACAUGAGAUACACUCACACACACCACAGUGUAGUCCUACAUUUGGGUUAUGAGGCAGAGGAGCUGAUUGGUCAAUCAUGGUACAGCAUUAUCCACCCUGAUGACCUGUUACUAAGCGCCAGAACACACAAACAACUGAUGCACUGUGAGCAAGUAGACAUGGUGCUAAGAGUGCAGGAUAAACAGCUAAACUGGGUCUGGCUUUAUAUCAUCGCCAAGAGACACACACAAAGUCACAUGAUCACCUGUACCAAUUACAUCAUCAGUGAAGUCGAGGCUGAGGAUCUGAGACCUAAACUCAGUGUCGUGCCGUCCAUCUCUUCUUCAUCCCCUAGUCCUCCAGUUCCCCAGAAUUCUCAGCGCUCCACCAAGAGACCAGCAGAGGACAGCAUUGAACACAAGAGGAGAAAAAACAGACGAGUGUCUACAGCUGCAUCCUUUUCUCUUCCCUAUAGCCCUGGUUUCUCAUCAUCUUCUCCAGCACAGGAUGCUGGCAACUUCCUGUUAAGCUCCUCAUUAUACCCCCCACCCCUCAGACCUUUCAGUUGCCCAGCUUUAACCCCACCCCCCUCCUCCCACCCCCAGUGCAUUACCAUAGUGAGGUCAGUGUUCCAGAUGACCAUUCAGAACUUUCUGGCACCUUGGCUGACAGUUUCCUGUACAUUGAGGACUUUAAUUCAUUUCCUGCAUGUGACUGGAAGAGGUAGAACAUUCCAUGCCACAGAGGAUUAUGGGUGGACAGGCCUGCUGACUCCGUCCCCUUCAUCUCUACAUUACACUGAGAUGGAGCAGGUUGAGAUCAGCGUCCUUGCUCAGCAGAUCUCUUCUCUGGCCAGUAGCUUUGAUUCAUACUGUACUAAAAACUCCGCCCACCGAUCUGACCACGACCCUGACUUUCAGUCUCAUGACCCUGAGGACGUCCUAUUGGAUGAAGAAGUGAUUGACAGUGUAAUGCAGGUUCACAGGGCUACUCUGGAGGUUGAGGCUCUCGAGGCUCUGCUGGAGAUAGAAAGUAAUUCAGAGGAACAACAUGAAUUCAGCAUUUAUUCACACAUGGCAAGAUGGGUUUAAUGGUGAUUUUUUUCUGUGAUGUCACUGCCUCAAACAGAGGUCUGGGACCCCGAUCAGUCCAGAUCUUGUAUCCUGGAGUCCAGCAGCUCUUUCUUCACUACUGCCAUGAGAAAGGGCCGUAACGAACACUACCUCAAACCUCAUCAUUAUCAUGAUUAUUAUUAUUUUUUUUAUAAUGUACAGAUAUAAAGGUAUGAACA